AUGGAGAAAACCAUCCUGAUCUGUCUGAGUUUGAUCUUCACCACAGGACUGUGUUAUUUUGACGAUGGGCUGCUUCCUCCUGGACCUGUGUAUGGAGCAGUGGGAGAAAGAGUUCUCUUCAACACCAUCAUCACUCCAUUACCAACUCCACUCCUGGUAGUGGUCUGGAAUUUCAAUACUGCUUAUGGCAUCAUCGUUUCAGACACCACUGGACUGUGUCAGGGUCAGGGUGGGCUCUUUCCUCCUGGACCUGUGUAUGGAACAGCGGGAGAAAAUGUUCUGUUCACCUCCACCAUCACUCCAUCAUCAACACCACUCCUGGCAUUGUCCUGGACUUUUAAUGGUGUUAAUAACAUCAUCAGAUAUGACUCCUCUGGUAACACUACAGGACCUGCCUACAGAGACAGAGUCAGUGUGAACAUUUACACUGGAACUCUGCAACUCAGAGAUUUAACUCUGGAUGAUUCUGGAUCAUACCAGCUAGUUACAGUAACUACAGAUGGAGUGAUACAACAAGACCAGACUACACUGGAUGUGUUUGAGAGAAUAUCUGGAGUUUCCCUCACUGGUCCAACAGAAUCCCUAAUAGAAGAUCAAAGUUCUGCUGUUUUAACCUGUGCGGGAACUGGCUCCAUCAUCACCACAGAAUGGAUGAAGGAUGAUCAACCUCUGUCUCCUAGCAACAACAUCAUCUUCUCUGCUGAUAACAGAUCAGUGUCCAUCAGUCCAGUGAGGAGAUCAGACAGUGGAGAAUACCAUUGUAGAGUCAGUACCUCUGUCAGCUCUGACACUGCAACCUACACAAUGACUGUCCACUAUGGACCAGAGAACGUUUCCAUCAGUGGACAGAAUGAGGUGGAGGUGGGGUCAAAGGUGACUCUGACGUGCUCUGCUGAAUCCACACCUCCUGCCUCCUUCAUCUGGAUGUUGAAUGGAAGAGAAACAGGAGAAACUACAGCCUCAUAUUCCAUAGAGAAGAUUGACUCCACACACAGUGGGAAUUACACCUGUACAGCCUGGAACAGUGUCACCUCACUCAACACAACAGUUCACCAUCAUUUAACAAUUAAAAGUAAAGUUUCACCAUGA